GUUUGGCUCAACAACAAAAGACACAGCAAAACAUUUGUCAAAGAAUUUCAUCAUUUUAUUUUGAUUGUUUUAUUUGAAAAAUAUAAAUUUUCAUAAUGGCUUCUUCACCGGAAGAAUCUAGAAAUCAAGAAAAUAAAUCGGAAAAAUCUAAGCCGACAACAGCAACAACAACAGUAUCGAAAACAAUGGAUCCUGGACAAGAUAUUCGUAGCAAAACUGGUGGUGCUUAUAUACCACGGAUAAAAUUACGUCUAAUGCAACAGAAUAUUAGCGAUAAAAAUAGUGAAGCAUAUCAACGUUUAGCAUGGGAAUCAUUGAAAAAAUCAAUCAACGGUCUUAUUAAUAGAGUUAAUGUAUCAAAUAUUGCAUCAAUUGUACAAGAAUUAUUUGCUGUUAAUUUGAUUCGUGGUCGUGGAUUGUUUUGUCGUAUAAUACUUCAUGCACAACAAUCAUCACCAACAUUUACACAUGUUCAUGCUGCAUUGAUUGCUGUUGCAAAUACAAAGUUUCCUAAGAUUGGUGAACUUUUAUUGAAACGAUUGAUUGUACAAUUUCGACGUUCAUUUCAACGAAAUGAUAAAUUAAAUUGUAUUAAUAGUACAAGAUUUAUUGCACAUCUAAUCAACCAAAAUGUAGCACAUGAAAUUUUAGCUCUUGAAAUUUUGAUUUUAUUGCUGGAAAAUGCAACAAAUGAUUCGAUUGAAGUUGCUAUUGCAUUUUUGAAAGAAUGUGGUGCAAAAUUAGAAGAUGUAUCACGGAAAGGUGCUGCAGCUAUUUUCGAACGUUUACGUACAAUACUUCAUGAUGGUGACCUGUGUAAACGUGUACAAUAUAUGAUCGAAGUUAUGUAUGCAAUACAUUUUGAAGAAUGUGCACAUAAAUUAUUGAAAUUGGAUAUAAAACCACCACAAUAUUCGGAAUUAUGUAAUAUGAUUGUUGAUUGUUGUGCACAACAACGUACGUAUAUAAAAUUUUUCGGUCUUCUAGCACAAAGAUUUUGUCAGAUAAACAAUGAAUUUGUUGAACCAUUUGUUGAAAUAUUCAAAAAUUGUUAUGAUACUAUACAUCGUUUUGAAACAUGUAAACUACGUAAUGUUGGUAAAAUAUUUGCACAUCUUUUGUAUACGGAUUCCAUACCAUGGACAGUAUUGAAUCAUAUAAAAUUGAAUGAAAAUGAUACAAGUUCAUCGAGUCGUGUAUUCAUUAAAAUAUUAUUUCAACAAUUAGCCGAAUCAAUGGGUCUAGUACGAUUGAAUCAACGAAUUAAAGAUCCAACAUUAGAUGAAGCUUUUAAAGGAUUAUUUCCACCAAAAAUCCAUCAUCAAAAACAGCCAAAUAUUCUUAUUGUUUUGGCCGAUGAUUUGGGCUGGGGUGAUGUUAGUUUUCAUGGAUCCAAACAAAUUCCAACACCAAAUAUUGAUCUAUUAGCAUCAAGUGGUGUAAUGUUAAAUAAUUAUUAUAUAACACCAUUAUGUUCACCAUCAAGAUCAGCAUUAUUAACCGGUUUGAAUCCAAUACGAACUGGUAUGCAAGUUGGUGUUAUUGCUGCAUCUCAACCAUAUGGUCUGCCAUUAAAUCAUACAACAAUGGGUGAACAUUUUCAACGAUUAGGUUAUCAAACACAUUUGAUUGGAAAAUGGCAUCAAGGUUUUUUUCGUUCCGAAUAUCUACCAACUCGUCGUGGUUUUCAAUCAUAUUUUGGUUAUUUAACUGGCCAUUCGGAUUAUUUUAAUCGUAAAUCUGGUGAUUUUUUUAUUGGUUAUGAUUUAUUUGAAAUGGAUACUGUUGCUAAUUUAUCCAAAUAUCAAGGACAAUAUGCAACGGAUAUGUAUACUGAUCGUGUUAUCCGGAUAAUCAAUGAACAGAAUAAACCCGAAUCGAAACCAUGGUUAAUUUAUAUGGCCGAACAAUCGGUACAUGCUGCUGAACGUGGUGAUGAAAUACAACCACCACCUCGAUAUGAAAACGGAUUUAAAUACAUUAAGAAAAAUGACCGUAGACGUAGAUUUGCCGGUAUGGUUGCUGCAUUGGAUGAUUCAAUUGGCCGUAUAUUUAAAGCAUUAAAUGAUACUAAUCAAUUAUCCAAUACUAUUAUAGUAUUUAGUACGGAUAAUGGUGGUGCAAUUGGUUCGAUUACAGGUAAUGUACAUAUUGAUAAUAGUCAAGGAUCGAAUUGGCCAUUAAAAGGUGGUAAAUAUACACUGUGGGAAGGUGGUGUACGUGGUACAGCGUUUAUUUGGUCUCGUUUACUACCACAACAACGACAACAAUCAUAUAAUCAAUUAAUGCAUAUUACUGAUAUUCUGCCUACGCUGUAUUCAGCAUCAGGUGGAAAUAUUAAAGAUUUAGGUGAUAUUGAUGGUCUGGAUCAAUGGAAUCAGCUUAAGAAUCCAAAUGAUUCAGGUGAUCAGAAUGAUAAUUAUAAAAUACGAAAUCAUUUAUUACUUAAUAUUGAUCGAUCAAAUCAUUUUUUUGCUGUUCGUUAUCGAAAUUAUAAACUAAAAAAUGGUACACAAUUAGUUGGUCAUUUUGAUAAUUGGUACGAAGCUCCUGGUCAACAAACAGAAUCACCACCCGAAGGAAUCGAAUAUAAUCAAACAACAACAUUUAAAAUUUUGAAAGAAUUAAAUUUAACAACCAAACCGAUUACCUAUCAAGUUGAUUGCCGCAAGGAACAAAAUCCAUUUAUUGAAUGUAAAACAAAAACGAAUGAAUUUUGUUUAUAUGAUAUCGACCAGGAUCCAUGUGAAUUAACAAAUUUGGCUAAAAAACGAACGGAUAUAGUUGAUAAAAUUUAUAAAAAUAUUUUUAAAUAUUACGAUAAACAAUAUGUAAAACCUGUGAAUAAACCAUGUGAUUAUCGUGCCGAUCCAUCACUUCAUGGUGGAUUUUGGAAACCAUGGUUAGAUUGAUGAUUUACAAAUAACUAAUUUUUUUUUCUCUCUCUCUUAUAACUGAUUUUAUAAUAAUAAAGAAUUAUUCUUCUUCCGGGA